CGAGAUACUUCAAGAAAAUAUAAAUAUUUUUUAAAGUAUUUGUACAAUGUAUUUUGAAUGUAAAAUGCGUUCUAGGGCAUAGUUUCUCAAAAUUUCCUAUCAAAUUAGAGCGCAACAAUUGAGACCGGGACUAAAUUAGGAAUUUCUAGGGAUUAGAUCACUUUAUGUAGUUGGGGGAAGGGGAAAGGGAAAGGGUCAGUUUUAUUCUCAAGGGCUGAAGGAUCAAACGUCGUAUCAUCGCUCAUAGUUUAUAGUGUGAGUUUGAAAUUGAGAUUGAGAUUGAGAUUGAAAUUGCGAUCAAGUAUCAUGCAGGAAGGGAACUGGAAUAAUCCCACCACCAUGCCUGACUUGCAAAUAUCUCCUGCUGGUCCGCAUGGCGGAAAUCCAGGUAAGGAUCAACAGGCGGCAGGGGUAGGCAUUCUUCUUCAGAUAAUGAUGCUCGUCCUUUCAUUCAUUCUUGGACAUGUCUUGCGGCGUCAUAGAUUCUAUUAUCUUCCUGAAGCAAGCGCCUCCCUUUUGAUCGGGUUAAUCGUUGGUGGACUUGCGAAUAUCUCGAAUACCGAAACUAGUAUCAGGGCCUGGUUUAAUUUCCAUGAGGAGUUCUUCUUCCUCUUUUUGUUGCCCCCCAUCAUAUUAUAUCCUUCGUCAAUCUCCUUAAUGAUUUAUUAUUCUUUAUCAUCUGUUUUAUUAAUCAAAAGAGGAUUCAGUUUGGCACCUAAACCAUUCUUUUCAAACUUUGGAGCCAUUGUGACAUUUGCAAUAUUGGGAACUUUUAUUGCUUCAAUUGUUACAGGUCUUUUGGUGUACCUUGGUGGUGUAAUGUAUCUCAUGUACAGACUUCCAUUGGUUGAAUGUCUGAUGUUUGGUGCUCUUAUUUCAGCAACAGAUCCUGUCACUGUUCUCUCCAUUUUUCAGGAGCUUGGCUCAGACAUGAAUCUUUAUGCAUUGGUUUUUGGUGAAUCGGUUUUAAAUGAUGCGAUGGCAAUUUCCCUAUACAGGACAAUGUCAUUGGUGAGGAGUAAUUCAUCUGAGCAAAAUUUCUUUUUGAUAGUUGUGAGGUUUCUUGAGACUUUUGUUGGUUCCAUGUCAGCAGGUGUUGGUGUUGGGUUCACAUCUGCUUUGAUAUCCUUUAAUAGAAACCUAUUCAAGUAUGCAGGUUUGGACAUUGAUAACCUACAGAACUUGGAAUGCUGUCUGUUUGUUCUUUUUCCAUACUUCUCGUACAUGUUAGCAGAAGGUCUUGGUCUCUCUGGUAUUGUGUCAAUUCUGUUCACUGGGAUGGUUAUGAAGCAUUAUUCCUUCUCAAACUUGUCAGAAAAUUCUCAAAGAUUUGUGUCUGCUUUUUUCCACUUGAUAUCGUCUUUAGCUGAGACAUUUGUAUUCAUAUAUAUGGGUUUUGAUAUUGCUAUGGAACAGCAUAGCUGGUCCCACGUGGGAUUCAUCUUCUUUUCUAUUAUAUUCAUCGGUUUAGCAAGGGCUGCAAAUGUGUUCACUUGUGCAUAUUUGUUGAAUUUGGUUCGACCUGCACAACGACAAAUACCUGUAAAACACCAGAAAGCACUUUGGUAUAGUGGACUUAGAGGGGCAAUGGCUUUUGCCCUUGCUUUGCAAUCAGUUCAUGAUCUCCCAGAAGGACACGGUCAGACCAUAUUUACUGCAACCACUGCAAUAGUCGUCUUAACGGUGUUGCUUAUUGGAGGCUCAACAGGUACUAUGCUCGAAGCUUUACAAGUUAUAGGAGGAGAUACCCAUGAUGGCCACUUGAGUGAUAGCUUUGAAGCUAAUAAUGGCUACGUGGCUCCAUUUGAUGGAGAGCCAUCAUCCGGUAACAGACUAAAGAUGAGACUUAAAGAAUUUCACAGAAGUGCUGCAUCUUUCCGUGCGUUAGACAGGAACUACCUUACCCCAUUUUUCACCACUCAAUCUGGAGAUCGGGAUGACAAUGAUGAUAGUCAUGCGGAAGAUUCACUGCUGAGGUCUAGAAGAGAAGGCUUCCAUUAGCAGAGGAGUAUAGCACGAUUUAUAUUUUGAUGAUUUGAAUCUUAGAAUUCUACUAAAUCUCAAAGUGUUAGGGGUGGUAGGCAGAUAUGAUUAGCAUAUACAACUUAUAUGUACAUGAUGAUUAUACUAGAUUAACAAGUGGAGAUGAGAUGUUGUUUACUUUACUUUAUUUUACUUGCAUGGAUCAAAAUUGCUUAUAUUGUUUUAAUUUCCCAUAUCAAUUUCUAUGCAUAUGUUUAAGAAAUGGAUGCUGUAAUAGAAAAGAUGAAAGUAGGAAGGGAAAAUGAAUGCAAGUUUGAUGCUAUUUAUAUCUGAUUGAUGAUGCA